UUCAACAUCUCCACUUGACGUUGCCUAACACUGCCCGCCCUCUCUCUCGGCUUCUUUGCCACUGUCCGUGCGCAGUUCUCUUUUGCGCUUCAUUCGUGCUCUGCCCGUCGGACGUGUCCGUACGAUUUUGGAUUAAGUUCUCUCUCCCUCUGUGGCGUAUGUGUGUUUGUACGAAUUAGCGGCUGAAAACCAAAAACCGAGGUGCGAGAGCGAGAAUACAUUUAUAAAAAACGCGUGCGUUUCUCCUCUAACACAUACAGUGAGUGUGACCGUUGUAUUUGUGACCUGUGCCUGUGUUAGCGGCCACUGGAGGAUCAACGAAUUUAAAAGAAUACUAAAAGUACCGGGACAUCAAUAUAAAAGUAUUAUAACCACGCAACAAAUUCAAUUUUAAGCAUUUUAACUGAAAUCAUGACUGAAGUUGAGCAACCGCCACAGAAUGGCAUAGAUCCCACUGCCGGCGAAGAUGAUGACAAUAGCAAAGCACGUCCCGCGGAUAUUGAACAGGAUAUGCGCGAAAUGGAGCGUCGCAAGCGAGUCGAGGCUAUAAUGGGCUCGAAACUGUUCCGCGAGGAGCUGGAGCGUAUCGUGGACUCGGCGCGCGAUGGAGGUGCUGGCGCUAGUGGCAUCCUGCAGCAGCUGUCGGACAUUGUGGGCGUUCCAGUGUCCAGGGUGGGCAGCGUCUUCAAGAGCAGCAACUGCAUGGUGCCCAUCAACGAUAUACGCGGCGUCGAGUCCAUGGGCUAUGCCAAGGGCGAGAAGAUACUCCGGUGCAAGCUGGCCGCCACAUUCCGUCUGCUCGAUCUGUACGGCUGGACCCAGGGUCUGGGGGCACAGAUCACGGCCCGACUCAAGGUCGAUCAGGAGUACUUCCUGGUUAACCCAUAUGGCCUGCUUUACCACGAGAUCACUGCCUCAGCGCUGAACAAGGUGGACAUGCAAGGACAGAUUGUGGAGCAGGGCACCACCAACUUUGGCGGCAACAAAAGUCACUUUGUCCUCCAUUCGGUGGUACAUGCUGCCCGUCCAGACAUUCGAUGCGCCAUCUAUAUCGGCUGCAGUCCAGUCGUGGCUAUUUCCUCCCUGAAGACGGGUCUGUUGCCCUUGACCAAGGAUGCCUGUGUGCUGGGCGAGAUCACCACUCACGCUUAUACUGGUCUGUUCGACGAGGAGGAGCGCAAUCGAUUGGUCCGCAGUCUUGGUCCCAACUCCAAGGUGAUUCUGUUAACUAAUCACGGUGCUUUGUGCUGCGGAGAGACCAUCGAGGAAGCCUUCUUCGCCGCCUGUCACAUUGUGCAGGCGUGUGAGACGCAACUGAAGCUGUUGCCCGUCGGCUUGGAUAACUUGGUGCUGAUUCCAGAGGAGUCGCGCAAGGCCAUUUACGAGCAGUCGCGCCGACCACCGGAGGAUCUGGAGAAGAAGUUUGCCGCCGUCGCCACUGGCGAAGAUGCUGAAAAGGAUGCAGCCGAAGCAGUACCCAAGGUGGGCAGUCCGCCCAAGUGGCGUGUGGGUGGUGCUGAAUUUGAGGCCUUGAUGCGCAUGCUGGACAAUGCUGGCUAUCGCACUGGCUAUAUCUACCGCCAUCCACUGAUCAAAUCGGAUCCUCCCAAGCCUAAGAACGACGUCGAGCUACCGCCAGCUGUUUCAUCACUGGGCUAUCUUCUUGAGGAGGAGGAACUCUUCCGUCAAGGGAUCUGGAAGAAGGGAGAUAUUCGCAAGGGCGGCGACCGCAGUCGGUGGCUCAACUCGCCAAACGUUUACCAAAAGGUCGAGGUUCUGGAGACAGGCACUCCGGAUCCCAAGAAGAUUACAAAGUGGGUGGCUGAGGGUUCCCCCACCCACUCAACGCCAGUGAGGAUAGAAGAUCCACUCCAGUUUGUGCCUGCAGGAACCAAUCCAAGGGAAUUUAAGCGUGUCCAGCAACUAAUUAAGGACAACCGCCGGGCAGAUAAGAUUUCAGCCGGACCACAGUCGCAUAUUCUGGAGGGCGUGACAUGGGACGAGGCGAGCCGACUCAAGGAUGCAACGGUCUCGCAGGCCGGCGACCAUGUCGUCAUGAUGGGUGCCGCCUCCAAGGGAAUCAUCCAGCGUGGCUUCCAGCACAAUGCCACUGUCUACAAGGCUCCGUAUGCUAAGAACCCAUUCGACAACGUCACAGACGAUGAACUCAAUGAAUACAAACGCACGGUGGAGCGCAAAAAGAAAUCGGUUCAUGGCGAAUAUACCGACACAGACUUUUCGGAAUCCGAAGCGGUCCUGCAGGCGGGGACAAAGAAAUACCCACAAAGCGAACCCGAGACCGAGCACCAGGUCAUUGAGAUCCAAACACAACAAGCGCCAGUGCCAAGGCAGGCGGAAGUCGUACUGAGCGAUGAUGAUAGUAAGAAUAAUGAGUAUGGAGACUACAUGGAGAACCAAAUAUAUGAGCGGAACGCACACAAUAAAAGCAAGUGCCGACGUGAUCUGUUUGCAACCAAGGGCAUGGAUCUCCAUCCAUCACCGGAGCGUCUGUAUACCUAUGUCUAUGCUACAGCGGCCUCUGUGGGCCAGUGCGUCCAACCGGAGGUGUGCUCCGCUUUGUUGCGGGCUCUACAUAGCGAGCAGUUGGGCUACCUGGCCAAUUGCUAUCGCGGAGGAGCUGGGAACUCAAAUGCUACCACCGCCAGCACAUGUACAAUAACCAGCGCCACGGGCUCCUCCACCGCAUCGCGCAGACCAUUGCAAAAUGUGAAUAUUAUGUAUCCACAGCCGUAUCGCACGGGUUCCCAUUUUGGAUUCAAUUCACCACGCCAGCAACCACGCACUGAGCAUAAGCAUGUGCCCAAAGAGCGAGACCAUAAUGCCUUAGGCUAUCGAUCGAUGCAACGAGGGAUCAGUUACGAGGAGAUCUUCGCCACACCUCGCUAUGAACAGUUGUGCCAGACGUGUUUCGACAAACUAUUGCGCCUUAAGCCCGAGCUGCAAAGGAUUGGCAGUGGCACGGCUACUAGUAGUUGUGCGGAGGAGCAGACAAGUACAGGGAGCACUCCCUUGCAACGCCGCCAAUUGGCGACUUUACCUGAGUUAUGCGAUCAUCUUGGGGAAAUGAAAAAGUUGCCUGAACCUCCGAGCGUCCAACGUAAUGCGUACACACAGACACAGAAGUGUUCUCCAUCCUCUUCCGCCAAUAAUUUCCUUAGUCAAAUCGAAAAGUUUAACUUCUCGGAAGAAUCGACAAACAUAAAUUAUACUCCACGUCCGAUUAACAGUGAAAGUAGCCUUUUGGGACUGAUUGUGGAACAGGCAACCUCGAGUGCUGGAGCGAGUGCCACAAGUUCUCCUCCUCAAAGAAUUUACUGUGCAGAGCAAGUGGACAUAACAGAAGUGUGGAGUUUUGGGCGUUGGCUGGAGCCCCAGGACCAUAUGAUAGCGAGUAAUGCAGAUGACUUUUCCCAACCGCCGCUCGCCGAGCAUUGCAUUACAUUGGAGUUUAAUCAACAUUAUUCGACUGGUGACAAUCAGGUCGACCGCCAAUUGAUGACCCGCGAAGAGCGCCAGCGUCGAAAGUCUGAGUUCCAGGAGCUUUGGCAAGAUCAUGUCGAGUACUUUGAAUCCAAAGAACAGAUGCACAUUGAUGAAAAUAUCCAGGAAGUCGCGACUCUUAGUGCUUAUGAUUGCUUCGACCAGGAUAUAGGCGAGAUUGAAGAAAGAGUCAAUGAUGAAACAAUGACUGAGCCAAGUGAUGAGUUACCGAAAAUGUUGCAGAUGGUUGAGGAUAGUCUUACAUUAGCCGGCGAAAAUCUAGAAAAGCUGGUGGAAAGUACCAAAAAACUACAAGCAAUUCACACUGAAACAUCACCAGCCUCUUCCAAUAGUUCACUAGCCGAAGUUGGUAAUCUCUUUCGGUCGAGAAGUUUCGAGAGCAUUCCUGCUGUCGAUGACACUGUGUCUGUACAGGAACCACUUUACAAUUUGGCCAUAAAUUCAAGCAUCGAAGAAGUUGAUGGAGUGAAUGAUACUUUGAUACAGGAGGAAAAGCGUGACGACGAAAAACCUCUUACUCCCAUUUCAACGGAGCCAGAGGAACCGUCGGAUAAGGAGAAGGAUCUUGUCGACGAGAAAGACAUAGAUGAAAAUGAACAUCACGUGGAGGCUGAGUUCCAAAAGGAUCUUGGCGAAACAAUGCAAGUUACCGUCCUCAUGUCAAUGGACCACAAUACCACUCCCCUGAAAGAUACAGAUGAAAAUGAUCGUUCGGUUGAGACUGAGAUCCGAGAGUCAGAAGAAGUUAGCUCCUUAGAGACAGAUAACAAGUUUUUCACACCGCUGGAACGCGAGGUCCUGCAUCGGAUCGAGAAAGAAAGACUUGACGAGUCGGAGCCUAUAUUUGGAAAGAUUGACCAUAGUAUUCGCAACAAGAUGACGCCGAAGAAGCUGCAAGACUUGGUCAGCGAAGAGAUAUUUCGCACACAAACGCAUGUAUACACGAACCUAAGGACGCCGAUAUCGAAGAAUAUACAGCAUGACACCACUUUGACUCCCAGUGGUUCAUCCCUGUCCGCUCAUAAUAUCAGUGCACCUUGCAGCUCAAUGGCGCACACUCAUCUAGUUACCCGACCAACACCCCGAAUGUCGCGAUCCUGGUCCGAGGAUCAGCAAAGUGAGGAGGACGAUCAAAAGAAAAACGGAGCGGGAGAACAGGGAUACAUUAAUAAAGACACGCCCAUAGGUCGAGUCAUCUCGUCUACAACAUUUGUGUGCAGGAGAAGUCCAACCAGAAAGCGCAACUUUAUUCAGGAGAACAUUCGCAAUGCCAGCAGACCACGCGUUGCAGCCGGCUCGAUUAGAAAACACAAAAGCAACAUCGUUACUUCUCCUAGAUCCAAAUCAAGCCCAUCCACAGUUUAUACUUUUCAGUGUGGCCAGCGGGAUAGCGGAGCACGCCUAUGGGUUGCCUUGCCAACGUCUCCACGUGGUCAAAACAGUGAAAAAUCGUCUACUGCUGCUCGGGCUUUGUACACCGUUCGGGGCAAUCCCCCAUCGCCAUUCGCCAAACGUCGUAGACCCUUGGUUAUCCUUCCACCAAUGCGUAAUAGAAAUAAAGCCCAUAAUCGCGAGAAGAGCUCAUCUAAUGAAUCCCUGCACCGAACUGUUUCCAGUAGCACGUUCAAUGUGGACGAUGAAGAAGAUCCUGCUAAUUCGGAUAGCAUUUCAACGAGUACCUUUCAGUUGGAGGAAGGUCAGGAAGAGUCAUCUCCUGCAACUCAGCAUAAUAGGAAUGCGACUAACAGUUCUGUGUACUACAGCGCAAACGAUACCACGCGAGAAGAGAGAGAAUCUUCGCAGACAAGCAGGGACGAAGCAGAAGAGAAUCUUGGAGUCAUGGAAUUUAUGCCCGAACCAAUUCAAGGUUUGGAAAUACCAGAUAUCUGUAGCCAACUCGAUGAAGACGGUUCAUCGUUAGAACUCGCACGCUUAGCAGGGGGAUCAGAUGUGGGUACAACAGAAGAUGACCACGUCGAAGAAGUGGAAAAACAGAGGAAGAGCGCAGACAAUGGCGUUAAGGACAGCAUUUGUUUCAUGCAGGCGGAUAUUGAUAAGUCUGAUAUUGAUAAUACCGACGACCAACCGUCGACUUCAAAAGCGGCAAUGGAAAACAUUCGCAUAUGUGGUGGUGCGGAAUCCGAAGAGAAUCAUCAUUGUGAAGAUGAGGAUGUGGUGACGCUGGACACGGUUUGCAUUGUGCGUGGUCUGGAGAUGUUUGUGCGAGAGGUGGAGCCCAUAAAGCAAGAAACUUCAGAGGAACUAUCAGAUCUUGGGGGACUUUUUGAAAAUGGGUUAAUUGAUGAAGGUGGUGAAGAGGCCAUGUCCCAGUGAAACCAGAAGUUGAUGAAGAAUUUAUGAAAAAAUAUUAA